CAUACCAGAAAACAGAUGUAAUGAAAUAAAACAAUGCAAGGUAUCAAUAUUCAAUAUAACUUUGUUAAAGCUGUAAAAGUUGAACAACAGGCGAAAUAUUAAAUUCAUUAAUAAGUACUUCUUUGUAAUAAAUAUAAGAGUUUCAUAGCGUAGGUUUUAAUUUUUUUACUAGUUGUUUAUCAUAUAUUUAAGAAAAACGCAAGUAAGGACCUUUCUUAAACUCUUUCAAAUUGUCAUUGUGAAUUUAAAUAAAUGGCUGAUGAAAAACCAAGCGAUGAUGUUCCCCAAAGUGAACUAUCUAGCGGGGUAGAAAACCUUAAAAUUGAAAAUGGACAAAAAGAAAAUGGUGACACUAAAACAGAUAAAGUUAAAGUUGACAUUUUAUUGAAGGCAACAGGAGAUGCCCCAAUUAUGAAGAAAAAGAAAUGGGCCGUAGAUGCUGAGAAGCCUAUAGGAUGGAUUAUAGAAUUUGUUAAGAAAUACCUUAAAUUGGAGCCUGAUGAGAAACUGUUUUUAUAUGUGAAUCAAACAUUUGCACCGUCACCGGACCAGAUAAUCAAGAAUCUUUAUGAAUGUUUUGGGACAGAUGGUAAAUUAGUGCUCCAUUACUGCAAAAGUCAAGCUUGGGGUUGACAUUAACAAAUUUUCACAUUGGUUCUGUUUUAAUGUUGCCUGUUCUUAAGUUAUAAGAAACAUUAUGAAACAUGUAAUUUUGUAUUUUAUAACAUAAAAUAACCAAAAACAUAUGAGAGUGAAUCCAAAGAAAUUUAUAUUUUUUGUACUUAGACAAUCAUUUUUAAAAGUCUGUCUUAGCAUUAAUUGAAAUGGUUUUAAACUUAGCUUGUACUGUACAUUUAUCAAAUAAAUUAGCAUAUAUCUUUUUCCAAAUAUAAUCAAUACGAGGACAGUUCAAAAUUAAUAUAUGUAUUUAUUGCAUUUAAAUAAAAGUUUGCUCUAUUCAAAAUUUGAUUAAUUUGACAUUUCUAAAAACUCUUAGAGCCUCGCAGAUUAGACAUUUUAUCUGCCGGUAGUUUGGAUCUGGCUGUCAAACUAUCAAAUGAAACAGACAGAUAAGAAGUCAUUUUGCAGGAGUCAUUUUCUUAUAAAAUAUUUAAUUUAUAAGAGGGUUAUAAUUUCACCAAACAUUGUUAAACU